AUGUCCUCACAAAUAGUUUACGCCGCUAACACGAUCAACGUUCCAGAUUUAGAUCAAUUCUGGAAACUGGAACUAAUAGGCAUACAAGACAAACCCGAGAUCAAUGACGAUGAAGAAGCCUUAAAACAAUUUAAGCAAACGAUUAGAAAAUCCGAUGGACGAUACCAGGUCGCAUGGCCAUGGAAAGACACCAGUUCCAAAUUAAGCGACAAUUUCUUAUGUCUCGGACGCUUACAGUCGUUAAUCAAGCGACUUCACCGCAACCAACAUCUACUUACCACAUACAAUGAAACAAUCAAUGAACAGUUAAGAUCCAAUGUCAUCGAAAGGGUAAGUCAUUUCACAAACCAUCAAGGUAUUAUCCAUUACUUGCCCCAUCAUGAAGUGGUAAAAACAGAUAACACCACGACAAAGGUCAGAAUAGUUUAUGACGCUUCCGCUCACCUCAGAGGCAGGAAAAGCUUAAACGAUGUCUUGUAUCGAGGCCCUAUCACCCUUCCCGAUUUAGCUGGAAUAUUAAUUCGACUAAGAACAAUGAAAAUCAUCAUAUUAGCUGACGUCGAAAAAGCCUUCCUACAAUUAGAGUUGCUGCCAACGGAACGGGACUGCACACGCUUUCUAUGGGUAAAAGAUAUUCAGAAACAGGUGGACAGAGAUAAUUUAAUAUGCUAUCGAUUCAAAAGGGUCCCCUUUGGAGUGAUAUCGUCACCCUUUUUAUUAUCAGCAACUCUCAAUUAUCAUUUGGAACAUUAUGAAACUGAAACUGCACGUGAAAUCAAGAAGAAUCUCUACUCGACAAUGUCAUCUUAUCAGCGAGCCAUGAAGAGGAAGCCUUGA